AUGGCGGCGGAAGCGUCCGGCGCUUCGGCCGUCGACGGGCGCAUGCGGCUUCUGUGCAGCCACAGCGGCCGCCUCGUGCCCUGCGGCCCCGACGGCGCGCUCCGGUACGUCGGCGGCGAGACGCGUGUCCUCUUCGUGCCGCGCGCGGUGCCCUUUCGGGACCUGGCGGAGAUGGCCGGCGGCGCGGAGGUGCGCGCGGUCAGGCACCGCCUCGCCGACGACGAGGACGUGCUCGUGUCGGUCACCUGCGACGAGGAGCUCGCGCAUAUGCGCGACGAGUACGACCGCCUGCGCGCUACGCGGCCGACCGCUGGAUUCCGGGUGUUCGUCAUCACCACCACUUCCGCCGUCUCCGGCGGCGGCGGCGGCGCCCCGCGACGAAGAACGUCGUCCGGGCUUCCGCCCCUGGCGCCGAAGAUGUGGCGCGUGCAGAGCGAGCAGACCCUCACCGCGCGCGCACAACUGCACCGGGGCACUGCCUGUCCAGCGCCGAUGCGGCGCGUCUAG